AUGUCCUAUAGCCCCUGGAACAGAUGUCCUCUUUCUGGCGCGGUCGAAAAUCUCGCGAGAAUACAACUCAUUCCAGACUCGGUUGUCGACGAGGACGAAAUUCAGGUAGCCCGCAUGGAAUGGUACUGGGGCUUGAAGCGAGGCGGAUUGCUGUACUAUCUCGCCGAACCACAUAAUUAUAUCUACCUCCGCCACGAUAUCGCUGAAUUAUAUGCGCGGUUUGAGUUCUUGCUUGCGCCCACCUUCAAGACACACCUGGAUAUCAUAGAGUUUCGUAAACGCGCUGGUGUUAUGGACCGUACGGUGGGAGAUGCAUCCUGCCGCCGCCCAUUGACAGCUCUCUCGCCCAAGGGUCGCCUCUAUAGAUAUGCACUCGUCCCCUUCACCGACGCGGCACGCAAGCUGCAAGAGGAACUGCAGUUAACAUCUCAAACAGAAGAGGAUCUGGCGUACGGACUUCACCCAGUGUCGCGGACUCCGUGGGCCAGAGGCUGCGAAGCCUUUCCGGUCGUCGAAUGCUACGCUCAUCCAUACUCCGUCAGCACCCUCGCCGAGCAAAUCUUUGAGUAUCGUAGACUCGGCACGCGCAUCACGGCAGAGUAUUCCCUCACUACUCUUGACAUCGUUCGACAAUGGUCCGAGGAGGGCAUACAACCUCCAGAAUGGUUCGUCGAAGCUCCUGGUAUGGACGAGGACGACCAGACGUUGGGUGGAUCCCAGGCCGACGGCUACGAUGUUAGCAUCGCCACACAAUCGGACGCCACCCCAACACCUGACAACACCCGAAAGCGCAAGGUUCGCGACGACGAUGACUUCACGGACGGGGUUACCAAGUGGGCUCGAGGCGUGGAUCCGAAGUCAAAGCCACUCGAGCAGCCUCCGAGGCCACCCUCCCCAAUCCCCGUCCGUCGCUCCGAACGUCUCCUGAAACGCGCCUAUCCGGAUGGGAACCCACCUCCCGUCUACAGACCGGAUUCUCCUGUGCGCAAAGCGCCAUGGCCGACAGCCUUCGGUCAGGAUCCAAUCGGCCACCCUCCUGCGUGGACGAGGCGUAACGGUCGAUUUCCGACGCGGAGCUUUUCAAGCAAUGAUUGGGCUUAUUUCUGUCGCGGCGUCGCUCUUGCAGCCCCUGGAGUGUCCUAG